AUGGAACGCUCAGUGACCAUCGACUUACCCGUGGAGCAAGUUGCUAAGGUAGUAAAACGCCACCUCGUCUACCAACCUGCUUCUUCUUCCUCUUCACUUAUUCCCCCGCGCCCGUCUUGUCAAAAACAACACCGCAAACGUCAAAAGCAACGUCAAGAACGCAAUCACCCAAAACAACCCACAUACAAUGCUCACCAUCUAUUACCAGGAGGAUCUAUUCUAGACGAGAUAUACAAGUGGACUGCUCAAGUAGAGCAAAAGCAACACAAAAGAACUCGAACACAAAGUAUUUCUUUGCCUGCUAUUCGCGAGCCUAUGAUAGACGCUUCGCUUCAGUCUUUGAAACAACCUGGAGGGUUUCGAAGACAUUAUGUUCUUACAAGAGCAGCUAAGCAAGGAAAGCAACCACCUAACUUUGUCACGUCAAGCUUUGUUGAGUUUUUAUGCUUAUAUGGACAUUUUGGAGGAGAAAAUUUAAGUGACGAAGAAAGCUCGUCUUCUUCUGAUACGAAUUCUGCACAAGAUUCUUCAGAAGAAGAAAGUAGCGAUGAAGAACAUAUGCCUCCAGAAGGUGGGGUCAUGGCUUAUCGCGGUCCCUUGCUGAAUAAUGCUUCUUAUUCAUAUGGUACUACAUCCCAAGAACAACAAUCGCAAGGCUUACCACUGCCCACAACAGCCUCAAAACAGCCCCUCGUACCAGUCAAAUACAAACAACUUCAAGUGCGGGAAACAAUGCCACUUUUAUCUAGAUCACGUCCCGGUCAAACAUUACAGGGAAAAGCAACUCCAGGAAAAGCCAUGUUCUUGUUACUCAAAUCAUUUGUUACAACAGGUAUCAUGUUUCUCCCAAAAGCUUUCUAUAAUGGUGGGCUUCUAUUUUCCAUCUUUGCUAUUAUCGGAUGGGCUUUGAUUUCUCUUUGGUCGUUUUUGUUGUUGGUACAGACUCGUUUAGUCGUACCAGCCAGUUUUGGAGACAUGGGUGGCGUCUUGUAUGGAUCGCGUAUGCGUGUGGCUGUUUUGGUGGCAAUUACGUUGUCUCAAAUAGGGUUUGUUUGUGCCUACAUGAUCUUUGUUGCAGAAAACUUGCAGUCACUUGUGCUUGCCUUUUCGAAAUGCCGUGUCUUGAUCCCUAUGCAUUUACUCAUUUUGGCACAGAGCUUUGCUUUUAUACCACUGGCAAUGAUUCGUAAAAUACAACGUUUAUCUGUCUUUGCCCUGAUAGCCGAUAUCUUUAUUGUCAUUGGAUUGAUGUACAUAUUCUACUACGACCUGAAGGAACUGACCACAGUAGGCAUGGUCCAUGUUGAGAUGUGGAACCCUGUUUAUUUCCCAUUGUUUAUUGGUACUGCAGCAUUUACUUUUGAAGGCAUUGGGUUAGUCAUACCCAUUACUGAAUCCAUGAAAGAUCCCAAGAAGUUUCCUGGUGUACUCACAAGAGCACUUACUGUGAUUACCUGCUUAUUCAUUUUUAUGGGUGCAUUUUCAUACAUGACAUUUGGAGAUGAGGUUCAGACCAUCAUCUUGCUCAAUUUGCCUAGCAAAGAUCCAAUGGUUUCUUCAAUUCAGACACUAUAUUCACUAGCCAUCUGUUUAUCUAUUCCUCUGCAGCUUUUCCCGGCUAUUCGUAUCAUGGAAAACGGGUUGUUCACCACCAAAUCUGGUAAAAACAACGCUGUCGUCAAAUGGCAAAAGAAUGUGUUUCGUGUGGUGAUUGUGUUUUUAUGUGCGGGUAUUGGUAUUAUCGGCUGCAAAGACAAGCUUGACAAGUUUGUUGCCCUCAUUGGUGCUCUAUUCUGUAUCCCUCUUUGUUUCAUUUUCCCUCCAUUAUUUCAUAUGAAAGCAUUGGAGCUCCCUACAACAAGACGUAUGGCUAACUUUGCUUUGAUCAUAUUUGGUGUGAUUUGGUAA